AUGGCGUCUAUCGAAAGUAAGGCGGAGCCAAACAGCGAAGGACUAAGCACUACUGCAAAUUACCCACUAUCGCAACUCUCCUUACAGCAUCCUAUUCUCAUCGACAGCUCCAGUGAUAGCGAGGACCACGACGGCGAAGACCACAGCCAGAACCACGGAGAAGAUUGCAGCGACACCAGCCCAGGCUCCGCUCCUCCACGAAAGAGGAUGAGACCCAGUCCCGGCAAAGGAGCCCCUCGAGUGACUCCAUGCGCUCCCUGUAUCCUGAAGAUGGUGGAGCAUGGGGCGCAGUCACUAUGUCGUGAUCAGACAUGUGCGUACUCACUCCGUGCCUUGACCUAUGCGUUCUGA